CGGUGCUGUGACGUCAUACGGGUCGCGCUCCUACAUCUGCUGUGACUCGGCUGAUGAAAGAUUGUCCAAACACAGAAAAACUCCUGAGAUACACACACUGUUAUAAAGAUGGCGUUUAUUAAAGAGGAGAGUGAAGACGUCAAGAUUGAAGAAACAUUGAGAGUCAAACAUGAAGAUACUGAGGAGCAAACAGACCUCAAGCCGCUGAAAGAGGAGCACAUAGUCCCGAAUGUAAAUGAAGAGAAAGAACAAUAUGAGAUGACUCAUGAUUUUAAAACUAAAGAAGAAUCUAUCAGUUGGCCACAGACUAAAGAGACUUUCUCACAGAAAACAACUUCUAAAACCGGUACUAAAAGUUAUUUCCCCCCUUUUCGCUCUGGAAACCUAAAAGUUCAUACUGGAGAGAAGCCUUUCAGCUGCCCUGAGUGUGGAAAAAGAUUUACUCAAAAAGUAAACCUUAACAGGCACAUACAAAUUCACUCUGGAGAGAAGCCUUACACCUGCCAACAAUGUGGUAAAAGUUUCAAUAGACACGGAGUCCUUAACAGACACAUUAGAGUUCACACUGGAGAGAAGCCCUUCACCUGCCAACAGUGUGGAGUCAGUUUCACACAUAAAGGAAACCUUAAAGUCCACAUGAGAAUUCACACUGGAGAGAAGCCAUACACCUGUCCUGAGUGUGGAAAGAGUUUUACUCGAAAAGUACACCUUAAAGUGCAUAUGAGAGUUCACUCUGAAGAGAGUCCUUUUAUCUGCCAACUGUGUGGAAUAUGCUUCAUUGAAAAAGGAUUUCUUAAUAGACACAUGCAAAUUCACACUGGAGAAAAGUGUUACGUGUGCCAUCAGUGUGGAAGAAGUUUCAGCCAAAAAGGAAACCUUAAAAGGCACAUGAGAGUUCACACUGGAGAAAAGCCUUACACUUGCAUACAGUGUGGGAAAGGUUUUUCUAUACAAUCAAACUGUAACAAGCACAUGAGAAAAUUACACGGCAUAUUUUCUACACGUUCUUGAUCUACAAAUGAGGAUUAAUUUGAGAGAACUGUUUUAUCUUAUCAGUGUGGAAGAGAGUUUCUCAGACAGGAAUCAUGUAAUAAUUUUAUGAUGUUUAGGAAGCAGAAGUGAAGACCAGGGGCUCAUUUAUAAAACUUGUAGAUUUCAUCCUUAAAGUGUACAUAAGCACAAAAUUCCCAUGCACAUGACACCAUGUUUAACACCGAGACAUUAAGGAAAUAUAAGAUAUGGACUUUAAUGCCAUUUGUGUCA